CGAUGACCAGACGAGUGUUAAUUCAAUGCACGAAUUCAAAGAUAAGCUAAUGAGAAAAGCUGAAGAGAUGCUUGAAUCUGGAUUUCCACCUAAAAUGGCUAAAAUUGAAGAAUUUCUUAAUAAAAAUAACAUCAUGAAUGACGUCCAGUUUAUUUAUAAAUCUGAUGAUGGUGCCUACGCUUCUGGAUUUCUUAAAUGCAAUGCUCAAAUCGUAGAAUUAAUCAAUGAAGUCAAGCCAAUUGUUCGAGGUCUCAUUGAAGAUGCAAAUCUCUUGAAAGUUUGGAUAAAAUUGCAAAUUCCAAAAAUUGAUGGAGGUUCAGACUUUGGCAUUUCAAUUCAAGCCGAAGCACUGUCAGAAAUAAGAUCAAUUGAGUCAGAUGCAUGUUCAAUGAAUGAUCGCUUUGCUCGUUAUUUUAGCGCUCGAGCUAACAUUGUAAUAAAAAUCAUGGAUUUUCCAGAAGUCGAAGAUUUUAAGCACGAAUUGGAGGAAUUAGACAAAAAAGAACUUAUCGGCUUAUGGCUGAUGAUGAGUGAAGCAAGAAAUCAUUAUUGUCUGUUACAUGAUAUCAUUUCGAAGAACAUCGAAAAGUUGAAGAAACCGAGACGAAGUUCUCUAGCAAAGAAAAUGUUUCAUUAAAAAUGUUCUUUUAAACGAAACUGGUCUAUGAACAGACAGAUUAGAAAAUUCUUUCAAUGAAAUGAUUUAAACAUUUUCAAGAGUAUAAAAAUAAAAUUUAAAUAAAUCAUG